AUGAAAGUGUUCGUUAUACUUUUCGCUAUAGUGGCUGUUGCUGCUGCCAUGCCUCACAGAUCUGGAGCAGGAGCUGGAGCUAGUGCCGCCGCUAAUGCUGAAGCUAGUGCUGGUGCUCACGGUAGCGGUCGUCAUGCUCGCGGUGGUCCUCACGGCGGCCCAAGAUAUGGAGGUCAAAGCGGUUAUGGAGGCAGUUAUGGCGGUUCAAGUUCAUCUUCUGCUGCGUCUUCAAGUUCGUCCUCUCAUGGAGGUCAAUCCAGUACUUUCACUGAAACUCAUACAUCCACCACUGGUGAGGGUAAAGCAGAUUCUGGUGCUAAUGCAACCGCUGGCAGUAAAAAAUAA